AUGAACAAUCGAGGCAAAGCCUCCAACUACCAGGAGGAGGAUGACGGUGGUGAUGUUGGUGAUGUUGGUGUUAGUGGUAUUAGUGGUGGUAGUGGUGGUAGUGGUGGCAAUGGUAGUAAUGGUAACAACGAUGGUAAUGGUGGUGAUGAUGUCGAAGUACUCGCUAACGCUAUAUAUAGCGAUCAAGAUGACGACAGUGAGGAUGAUGACGAGUGGGGACCAGAAGACGAUGCCGCGUGGCUAAGUGGGCUCGAGGACACCAAACCAGUCCGCAACCAGACCGUCGUCCAUAACGUCAUCACAAAAUGCCGGGAGAUGCUAAAGAUGUUGAAGUUCUCCGGGAAGGCAGCUCGCAUCAUGGAGGAU